GAAAUGCUCGCUGCAGAGAACAGAAGACGGAGUGGGAGUCCAGCUGCCUCUAGUUCUCCGAACCUGCUCCGUCCAUUGGUCUCGAAGCUUUCCAUCUUUUGGGAAUGAAAACAGUGAAAUGUUUUCACUUGGGCAACCAGCUAAGAGGCGCUACCGCCACCUACUGGAGCGGAAGUUCUUCUUUUGUAUGAUGGCGGAUGACAAGAAACUUCAGAGUACAUACCGCCACCUGCUGGACAUGAGUGUGUAGCAGCAUUAAUAAGUUGCAUCCAUUAAACUGGUUUUAAAUUUUGUAGCAUAAGUAAUAUUUUCCUUACUGUAGAAUUUUUGCUCUUGUUUUCUUCAGGUCCUUAUAUUCCUUUAAGACUCCAUUCUUGUCCCAUCCAGUCUCUCCCCCUUUCAGGCACAUACACGUCACAGUUCAUUAAUACAUCUUCCACAUUUUCUUUCCCUCCACAUCCUUCACUCUAUCACUGUUUUUUCUCCCAGUUAAACACAAUGUCAUUUAGAUAUGUAUGGCUUAUCUUUCAUCUCAUCAUUAUUAUUUCUUCCCAUCUGUUUCUCUCACUAACAUUUUAAUGCAGCUUCAGGACACAUGAUGUCAUCAAUGAUGUCACAGACGCCUUUGAUAUUCCAGCUCUCUGUAUUCUGCCCGCAAUUUCUCAGCUUUCUGAUCUGCGUUUCAUUUUGCUCUGAAGUUUUUCUUUUCAAACAAAAAAUAUCUCAAAAUGUUGAACAUUUUCAAGAACAGGGAGAAAUCUGGUUCCUUCGAUCCUGAAGAAAUACGGAAAAAGAAUAACAAGGCAGUCCAAGAACUCAUCAAAAUGAAUGAAAAGCUUCAGAACACCAAAGACCUCCAAAUUCAGAAACGAGACUGGAAAACUUUGAAGAAAGCCGAGAUGAAGUUGAACAAAGCGUGUGAAAAACAGCGUGAGAAGUUACAUCUGGAGUUAGAUAUCUGGGAGGCAGAAGAAAAAAAACGGAUAAAUUUAGAGAGAAAAGCAUUUGAACAAAUAGAGACGUCAAAAAGGAUGAAACAGGAAGUAAUUCAGAAAGAGAUGUUGGAAUCUCAGUGCACAGCGUCCAGAAUGGAGCAAGAAAGGCUCAUAAAACUUAACACAACGCUAUUAAAAAACCUUAAAACACUGAAAGACAAACUUUCAUAUCAAAAUGGACUGUAUCAUCACCACAGACAGACUAAGAAUUCAAUUGAAACCUUAAUGAAGAUUAAAGAAAAUGUUGUGAAAGAGAUGAAGAAUAAUUACUGUUGGGCUUGGAAGGAGAAAAUCAGUGAAAAAGAUAAAACAUUGGAAAAAGUAAAAAGAAAGACUAUUGAACUUUUACAAGAGCUUAAUAGUAUUGAACAACAAUUAAUUGAUAUGCCUGUCUUGAAAUAUAUCUACAAGAGUGCAAAACAAGAGAAGGAAAGGCUGAAAAAACUGAACACAAAGCUAGAAAAACAUCUUCAGACCCUAAAAGACAAUCUGUCCCAUCAAACCGAGCUGCUCUGCGAUUACACCGAGGCUGAAAUUAUCGUUAAAGAGCUGCAGGAGAUUCGACAACAUUAUCUGGGAGAGAUUCAGGAUCUAAAAGUAAAAGAAAAACUGGAACCUGGGAGCAAAUCAAAGUUUACCAACCAUGAGGACGAGAAAAAGAAAAGUCAAUGAACUUCAUUUGAGGGUCAAUUUAAUCUUCCCAAUAAAGACUUGACUUCCUUCUAACCACCAUUAAAA